AUGCAGUGGGGUGUGAGGAAAAAUAAAAGACCUGUACUUUCUCAUCUCCAGGUACCAGGCACCCAUAGCAUUACAGCUGCCAGUGUGGGCCCAGGCCUGUUGACUGCCCGUGUGUCCCUUCUGGACAGGCUGCUUCCCACCGUAAGGGACCUUCUGCCGUAUGCUGCCUGCUUCUUUGCCUUUUUCUCCACUGGGUUUUUGAUUUUGGCCACUUGGACAGACUGCUGGAUGGUGAAUGCUGAUGACUCCCUGGAGGUGAGCACAAAAUGCCGAGGCCUCUGGUGGGAGUGUGUCACCAAUGCUUUUGACGGCAUUCGUACCUGUGAGGAAUACGACUCUAUAUAUGCGGAACACCCCUUGAAGCUAGUGGUCACUCGAGCAUUGAUGAUUACUGCAGAUAUUUUAGCUGGUUUUGGAUUUGUCACCUUGCUCCUUGGUCUAAACUGCGUGAAAUUCCUUCCGGACGAGCCGUUCAUUAAAGUCCGCAUCUGCUUUGUUGCUGGGACCACAUUACUAGUAGCAGGUGUCCCAGGAAUCAUUGGUUCUGUGUGGUAUGCUGUUGAUGUUUAUGUGGAACGUACUUCUCUGAAUUUUCAUAACAUAUUUAUUGGCAUCCAAUAUAAGUUUGGUUGGUCUUGCUGGCUUGGAAUGGCUGGAUCUCUAGGUUGCUUUUUGGCUGGAGCUGUCCUCACCUGUUGCUUGUAUCCCUUUAAAGAUGUUGGGCCUGAGAGGAGCUAUCCUUAUUCCAUGGGGAAGCCCUACUCAAAUGCAGGUGCUUCCAUGGCUAAGUCCUACGUGGCUCCUCGCACAGAGACUGCCAAAAUGUAUGCUGUUGACACAAGGGUGUAAGGGGCCAUGUAGCCACCUGUGUUUACACAUGAUUGGUCUGUCAAUCAACAUGUUCAAGUUAAUAACAUAGCGGUCCAAUCCUGGGACAAUUAUUUAUACUUUUUUCCAAUAAAUUGCUAGCUUACUGCAAAUGUUUGAUGCUACUGUCACUUGUCCUUUCCAUUAUUCUCUGCUUCUCUCCCACAUCCACUUUCCCUAUAUUCUAUGAUAAGGGUGCUAGAAUGUAGAAAUGUUUGUUUCUUAUUUCUAUAUGGCUGUUAGAAAAUACGACAUGGUAAUAUUAAAAUACAAUGACACUUCCAAAAUAGAAAACAAUUAUUAAAAGAGGUUAGAAAAUCUCAGCUUUGAGAAAACUGACAAACUCUUAGCUUCCUGUCUGUCUUUUGGUUCAUUUUUUUAAUACUCUCAGUGAAUGAGUGAGUUAUUUCCUAACUUUGAGGAAGAUUAUUCUUCCAAAUUCAAACUUGUUUAUCAAAGAGUAGCAUUGCUCUGAUUUAGUUAAAGCAGAAAAAGUAAAUAUCAGCUUUAUAGACCAGCCACUGGUGGGAAUUAAAGAUAAGCUCCCAUUUCACACUCUAAAUGUCAAAGGCAAAUGCUAAAUUAAUGUAGGAGUCAGGGAUGAGUUUCUGCAUCAUUAACAACAUACAACAUCAGAAUAUUCCUUCACCAGCACUCCCGUUUUGACAGUAUGUUGUCAAACUAUUAGCCUAAAACAAUAAUACCACAGUUAGGGCGUUCACUCACUGACUGAACAUCCAAAUAUAUUUCUUGAAUAAACAUCAAGAUUCAACAGUUCCAAAGCACACUCACCACCCGAUCCUCAGCACCCAGCAACAAAAUAGCAAACAUAGUGCAAAAUUUAAUACCAACAACAAUAGUAAAUAUUUAUAUCUAUAUCUUGAUUGAAAUGCACAAAUGUUCACAACUCCACAACUGUACUGAAUAAAAUCAAUCUUCCACAUAAAAUAUGUGGGGUUUUUUAGAAAAUUAGAGUAUGUACACACACUCAAAUAAGUCCUGAUGAUUGCUAAUGGGAUUUCAUUCAUGUUUAUAAUUGUAUUCAUCAUGGACUUUUUAAAUCAUGGAGUUCUUUAAUAGACUAGAAAAUUUAAUUUCAAGUUUUCUGAUUUCUUGUAAUUCAUAUGAAUAGCAUUAAUAACCUUGCAGUUGCUCAAAAGAACAUUGAAUGAACUAGAAAUUGGCUCUUUGGAAAAACUGAAAUUAAGUUGUGAAAUUCUGAGCACUUCAAAGGAAGCGCUUUCAAUUUAGAAAGAUCAGAAUAAUGUGAAAGUGAGAGGAUAGAAUAUGUGUGCUAAUGUCAUGGAGAUUGUUCUUCACGACUUAAGUUUCUUUUUAACAACGUCCUCUGAAGCCAUUCCAAUGUAAUUUUAGAAUUAAGAGCAAUUGGAUAAUAUAUUUUAUGGGUAUUGUUAAUUAUGUAGUGGACAUUUAAAGCUGUAUAUUAUGUGUAACAUUUAUAUAUGUAUAUAUGCUAACAUUUUUAGUGCUUAUUUGUGUGUAUUUUUCCUUACCUUUGACUUUUUAAAAAUUUCAUUCCUACUUUAAUUUUAUAUUAUAUUAUCCUUCAUGUUUUAUAUAUUCCAACACUCCUCUGGAAAUUCUCAGAAAAAAUAGAAAAAUUUAUUAAAUAGUUCAUUAUAUUACAUUUUUUUCAUUUCUAAGAUUUCAAUUGUAUAAGGGAAUAUUUGGGAGUAUUAUUGUUAUGACUGAUAUGUA